GAGCCUGGAGCCAGCCAGGGCGCUGAGAGGGCUGGAGACUCGCCACCACGCCGGGGCUGCUGAGGUCACGGUCGCCGGGGCCCGAGGGCACCUGCUCGCGGUUCCGCCCGCUUUCUGAUAAUUGUGCGGGAGGCUGGACUCGCAGCGGCGACGGCGACGACAGCAGCAGCAACAGCGAGGACUGGAGCAGGGGCAGCAGCAGCAGCAGCAGCCACACCAGCCGUGACACCAUGGAUCUGUCUUUUAUGGCCGCUCAGUUGCCCAUGAUGGGAGGAGCGUUCAUGGACUCACCCAAUGAGGACUUCAGUACCGAGUACUCCCUGUUUAACUCCCCUGGCAACGUCCACUCGACGUCCAAUGGCCACGGCCAGCCCGAGGAGUCUCCUCGCUCCUCCAACGAUGCUGUUCUGCUAUGGAUUGCCAUCAUAGCAACACUGGGGAACAUAGUGGUGGUAGGGGUGGUGUAUGCCUUCACCUUCUGAGGAUGCUGAAGCUGUGGGGAUGCCCCUCCCACUCUGGACUCACCUAGUAAGGUUUUUCAUGUGGCUCCAUCUUUCUCCCAGAUGCUGGAGACACCUGUGUUCUUGAAUGGUCCCUGGAGGGGCAGGCACCAUACAUCUGUAAUUUCCUCCAGGCAGAUCGGGUUUAGCAUAUUCCAAUGUUGAGGUUGAGCUCAUUCAAGACACCUUGAAGUUGGUGCUUUCAGCUCCUAAAAGCUUGAUGGCUUGAGUCCUUCAAAGAGCAGCCUGAAAAAUUCUUGACGUUUCGGUCAGUCCCAGAAUGAUGGGUUUGAACAUCCUUUUGGGUGGGAAAAAUGCAGAUCUGGUUUGGUGACAUUGUCUUAGCAGUCAAUUAUCACUGUAUGUCAUAUUUUUUUUCUGCGGACUUGUUGAACCCAGCGUGCGGGUCCUGGGACAAGAAGGACUUUCACAAGUUAGAAUUCCUACCUUUUAAUUUUAUGUCCCCCCCAGCCCCCGGGGACACUGACGGCGCUGUUGUAAGGCCGCAGAGUGUUGAGAAAUUGACUUGUAAAUGAUACUUUGUCACCAGACACUUGGUCCCUUGCAGACUCCAAAUGCAUCAGAAAACCCAGACACUGGAAUGAACUUUCUGAUCUUUGUAAAAAAAAAAAAAAGCAGAAGAUGUCUUCACGUUUUAGAUAGUCCAGGCAGUUAGCAGACUCUCCUCCGAGGAUGAUUUAAUCAUGUCCCCCGCAUCAUUGGACAGAUGUCAGGGGCGAUGGUGUGGUAAGAAAGUGAAGGAGUCAGAGCUGAGUCUGACCUCCAUCCUAGCCAAGUUCUCUAGUGAGCCCGUCCCCACGCCACCCCAGCAGCUGAGGCGCCGAGGGAAUUGGGAGAUGUUCAGUCUGGGCAUUCACAGGUCAUCUGGUGUCUGUGCUGUAAAUUGGUUUAGCUGCUGUGCCCUCCGUCACAGGUUUGAAUCCCCACACCCCUCAGUGUAUCCAGCCAUACUUGCAACUGCUUUGGGGGAAGCUGUUAGUACAGAGAACUGGCCCAACCUUUGUUGCCAAGAAGUAGGGGCAUAGAGUGUCUUCUGAGCCUCCUAGAAUCCUCAGCAGGGCAGGACGCUGGGCUGGCACUCAGCUGUUGUGUGCUGGACACGGAAGUUGUGGGAUGUUUGCUCUGGCUUCCUGCCUCCUCGUCACACCCCUGAGCCUUUCCCUGUGCCGAGGGUGGGGCAUUCUCAAGAGAGAAGCCAGGCCAGCAUUGGGAGUGUGCUGUGACCCAGUGCUUUCUGAGUGCCUCGUGGGAGCUGCAGCUGGUGGUCUGUCCCCUACCUUAUCUCCAUGGAGACAGCAGAUUGGGGAAGGACCUGUGCCUGCUGUACUGAGAGACAGGACAGGAAAGCUAAGGACAGCUUCUAGCCCUGUAAGGUACUGGCAUGUCAGUGCUUUUACACACACACACACACACACACACACACACACACACACACAGAGAGAGAGAGAGAGAGAGAGAGAGAGAGAGAGAGAGAGAGAGUCGACAUCUUUCCUGCUCUCCUGGAUCAGACAGAGUGUUACAUUGUCACGAGCAUGGGAAUCCCCUUGUCCACCUGGCAUCAGCUGGUCACAUUCUGCCCUCCUGUUUGCUCCAGUUUCCUCUCUGAACUUCCUCACCACAGAUAGCAGUGAGGAACAAAUGACAGGUCCCAGCCAGAGUAGCCAAGGUGCAGCCCACUGUCCUUCCUGCCUCUGCUUGGCUCUGUCUUGGUCAUCAGAUAAGGGAUGAGCAGGCCUGAGCUCAGUGCUUGAGUGUUGUGAGCAGGCAUGGUGCUAGAUUUUUAUGCGCAGCCUUCAUCCUUCCAUCACCUCAUAGCAGCAAGGUCCGUGCCCAGAAAGGAACCAGAGGCCCAAAGAAGUGGAGUGACUUCCCUCAGGCCACACAGUGUAAAACUGAGGAUCUGGGUCUGGAACCUGGGAAGCUAGGCUCUCUCUCUCUCUCUCUCUCUCUCUCUCUCUCUCUCUCUCCACUGAGGUACAUUUGAACAGGACUUGAGUCAUCAUAAGGUGUUUCCCAAGGUAUCCCAGCUCGGGAUGGCUCAGCCCAUCAGAAAGCGACGGCUUCGGCUUUGUCUACACCCCAGGGAUAAUGAACCUUUCCCCACCACUUAAAAUUGACCUUCAAUCUCCAUGUAAGUCUCCAAGAAGGGUUCCCAAAGUAGGGUUUCUUGGUUACAUGUCUAAGGGGCCCCCAGCAAGGCUUGCAAGCCCCAGGGAACUGCACAUUAGGAAGGUUUCGGUGACCAGCACUGCAGUCAGAUUGUGUAGCAAGCUGGGGUACAGUCUUUCUGUGAGCCCGAAAGCUCUCCAGAGCAGAGGAUAGCAUCUUCUUGGGGAUCCCAGCCAGCACCCCAUUGCCUUCUCCCUAGGUAAGGUGGGUCCCAGAGCCCCCUUAAUUUGACAGGAAGGUCCUUACCUUUUGGGUAUCUGACCCUUGGAGAAGUGCUGCCCUUGCUGAAAUGUUCCCUGUGGUCCAUGAAAUCCAAUUAGAAGAACUAAUGAGUUCCUUUUCUGCCUUGCCCAGAGAGGCCACUGUCCCUCCUUGUUUGCGUUUCUUGGAUCCCAAGGAUCAGGAAAUGGGGCAGGUCAGUGCCACACAGCCAGAGAGGCAGCAUGCCAGCUUCUGGUCUUGGCUAGGAUGCUUGUCCACUGACUAGGAUCUGUGUGGGAGCUAGAGCCAUACACGCAGCUGAAUGUGUGCUCUGGGCAUUGUGGCCCUCUCCUGCAGGGGUAUGGCCACCCUUUGUCAUCAAUGGGUAGUAAAAUGGCCUAUCUCUCCUGCUGCGGCCAGUCCUGCCUAUCUCUCCUGCUGCAGCCAAGUCCUACUUACAAGAUCAUAUAUUUCCCAAGUCAGGACCAGGGAGGAGCAGUCAGAGACUGACUGACACAUGGGCACUUGUGCCAAGCCCUCCUAGCCUCUGUCCUCCAGGGCCACUCUGUGCAGGGUCUGGAGGAGAGAGAGGGUGCUGAACUUCAGCUGAGGUGCAGAACACAGGCUCGGCGGGGCUCCUUGAAGAAACCAGGGGAUGAAAUUAUGAGCUUUGGUUACCCCUCGUACAGCCUCCUGAGAUCAGAGCUUGAGCAAGACCUGGUAUGAGGGAGGGACGGAGGGAGGGAACCACAAAACUCACAGGGCGAAGGGCAAUGCACAUCACUACCAGUGUGACAAAACCCUGCCAUCACUCAGGACAGAUGGAGGCUACACAUGGAACACAAGUCUGCAUGAUUGGGCCUGGCUCACUGUGGCUGCCGUCUGUGGUUUACUGAUGGGAAAUAAAACCCGAGGGCCGAAAAGUUGCUCAGUGGGUAGAGCAUGGGAACCCCGAGUUCAGAUCCUCAGAGUCCACAUUAAAGUAAAACCAGCUCGGGGAGGGGGGGUGGUGGUGAAGAUAGGCAGGUUCAGGGGGUUCGCUGGCCAGCUACUAGAACCAGAAAAGGUGAGCUCAGGUUCGGUUUGCUUUGAGUUUUGUUUUGCUUUUUUAAACGGUGAGUGGAUAAAUGAUUAAGGAGGAUCCUUGAUGUCCUCUGGUCUCCACAUGCAAGCAAGUACAAGUACCUACACAUGUCCAUGUGUGCACACAUGCACACAUAGACAAGAGAGAGAGAGAGAGAGAGAGAGGGAGGGAGAAGGAAAUCCAGGGGACUCAGACCUUUCUGAGGACAAGCUUGAGCACAGUGGUGUCCUCAUGACUGUCUAGGCCACAUCACUGGGGAGACAUCCUCUCAACCUCCCCAUCUUUCUGCCGAUGUCUGCCUCAAAAGCUUUUCAGAUCUGCUUUUCCAUGGGGCUAACUCCCAGCCGAUGUGUGUUCAGCGUGCUUUGGCCACAGGGUACUUCAGAGCGAGCCCUGGUUCUGCCUGGAGCCCUCUGUCUGGUGGAGUAGCCCAAGUCUAUGACUGCCUCCUGUGGUCUUUCUUGAUUUUUUUUUUUUAGACUUGCAGCCUAUAUGAGACCUCAUGUGGCUGAGGAUAGCUAUGCAUCCCACCCAAAACAAAAUCAUACACUUAAAACAUUACAAGUUUGUUUUUUUCUUUUGUCCUUUGUAACUCAGUUACUCAGUUUAGGGUGGGAACUUUGCAGAUGGUGUCACUGUGCCGAAAUGUCAAAGCAUAAGACCUGAGAAUCACUGGCAUUUGCAGUUCAACGUACUGUUAUUACGUUACCAACCGUUCUGUGUGCAGGCUUGCCAAGAGGGCAUGGAUGCCCAACCUCAGGUGGGUUUGGGGGCAUUGCCAGAUGGGGCUGAUCUGUAGAAGAGCAGAGUCUUGUCCCCAGAUUUCCCACCAGAGAAUUCCCAUGAUUCUUCAUUUCAGGUGCCAUUGUUCCCCAGGGGACAUUUGGCAAUGCCUAGAGAUCGUUCUUGUCUCGAGUUUACAGAGGGCUGUGGAAGUCCUGCAUCUAGAGGGUGGAGGCCAGAGGUGCUGCUCAUCCACACACACACAGGAUGGACCCCGUGACAAGUGCUAUCCAGCCCCCAAAUGCCAACGGCACUGAAGAUGGGAGACUCCAUUAGACCUCAGAGUCCAAAUCAAUGGGGAGUUUUCCAAAGCUGCACCUGUCACGUGUGAAUCAGAUCACACAUGGGUCAGAGCAAAUCAGAGCAGCCAGCACAGAGGCUGCUCAAGGUGAGAGAACGUCAGCCACGUGACUGCUCCCUGGGAGAGAUGACCCUACAAUACAGCCAGGCUGCUGAGGCUGAGCCUGCCUCCCACCAGUGACUCUGUCCAGGACCUCUGAGGCCUGCCUCUCACCAGGGCACCUGAGAAACAUGAUCGGUGGAGAGCUCCUGAUGGGGACAGGAACAGCAUCUGACAAAUCCAGGUCUCCUUUCUGACCCUCUGUGUCCCCCAGCCCUGCUCCCCAAAGCUGCAGACGUACUAACUCUACUGUCUAACUCUUUCCGGAAUUCUUACCCAUCACCUGCUGCUCACGGAUUCCAGCCGUUCACGAUGAGAGCAUCAGCCAAGCUUCUGUGUUUGUGACGAUUGCUUAGUCAGCUUGUAAAUGUGACAUGGGGGUACUUUAACCUUUGUUCCGGGUCCCCGCUGCCCAGGCACCUGGUUCUCUGUGUAUUACUGGCUUCUAUUUUGCAGCAGAAAGGUUCUUUGCCGAUGUAAGAUUAACGUGUGCUCUCUUGAAGGUGUGAUGGUGACACCUCCCUGUGUUAGCUUUCUUGCUGUGGUUGUCAUUUUCUAUUUCAAUUAAACAAAAGGAAGAUUUAA